GCCAGAGUGACCACCCCGGCUCUGUCAUUCCUGUCCUGUUCUCCUUCUCAUCCCCCUAAGCUGUCCUCACUCACACAUCAUGGCACCCAAGAAGCCUGAACCCAAAAAGGAGGCUCCCAAGCCGGCCGCUGCACCUGCGCCUGCCGCCCCAGAGCCCCCAAAGGAGGUUGCCUUUGACCCCAAGAGUAUCCAGAUUGAAUACACCGCUGACCAGAUUGAAGAAUUCAAGGAGGCCUUUCAGCUGUUUGAUCGUACCCCCGGAGGAGAGCUGAAGAUCACCUAUGGACAAUGUGGAGAUGUAUUAAGGGCUUUGGGACAGAAUCCCACCAACGCAGAGGUGUUGAGGGUCCUAGGAAGACCCAAAGCAGAAGAAUUAAAUACCAAACUCUUGGACUUUGAGACCUUUCUUCCAAUGCUCCAGCACAUCUCCAAAAGUAAGGACCAGGGCUCUUUUGAGGACUUUGUAGAAGGACUUCGUGUCUUUGACAAAGAGAGCAACGGCACUGUAAUGGGAGCAGAACUGCGUCACGUUUUGGCCACUUUGGGUGAGAAGCUACAAGAAAGUGAAGUGGAACAGCUUCUUGGGGGGCAAGAAGAUGCCAACGGAUGCAUCAACUAUGAAGCUUUCAUUAAGCACAUCAUGUCUGGAUGAAGAUACAAUGCGGUGUCUGCCAAUUAUCCCACAGUCCCAACUGUCCUACUGACCCUUCUAAGAAGAGCCAGAAGAUGCAUCACCCGAGCUGUCUGUAACAUACCUCUCCGAUGUAGAAGUCCUUGUAGAGAAUCUCUUCCUUUGUUAAAUGUCAUAUGAGAUUGUAAAUUUAUUUGGGACUUUUUUCCUCCAGUGGUGGCUUUUCACCAAAUAAAUUUCACAGGAAAAC